AGAGGGAGAGGGAACUUCUCUCUAUAUAAGAAUUGGACCAUACCAACAUUUCUCCAUUACACUCGAGACCAAACCAGCACCCUCUAGCUCUCUGUCUUCAUGGCUCUCACUGCCAAACAUCUCUCACUCCUCUUUUUCCUCUCUCUCUUAUCCUCUCACCCAGCCCAUGCUAGAGAUCUGCCCCAGUCUUUCAGUAAAUUCACAAAUACCCCCACUACUACCACCACCACCACCACCAAUGCCAAAGAAACAGUAGUAGUCCCUAACAAGGAACAAGAGCCAAGCUUCCUCCCAGACACCCAAACUGGCUAUGGCCUUUACGGGCAUGAGUCCGGUCAGCUUCCACCCGCUGCCACCACCGUCAACGCAAAAACUCCCGCCGAUGCUGCCUACACCGCCACCAAAACCACCAAUGAUGCACCCUACACCGCCACCACCACCACCAACACUAACAACAACCCCUACUCUUAUUACGACAAGGAAGCUAAUUAUGUGACUGACCCAGAAGGCAUGAGUGACACCAGGUUCAUGGACUCCACUGCCGCCACCGAAAACGAUCCCUACAAAGAGGCUUAUGUGACUAAGCCACAAGGCUACACCACCACCAAUAACAACUACUACAACACUCAAACACAAGGGUUGAGUGACACAAGCCUCGUUGACCGCAGCUACACCACCGCUAAUGCCGCCACCACCACCCCGGCCAACAACUACUACAACAAUGGAGCCAACAACAAUUAUUACAACCCUGAAAACAAAGGGUCCGCCACCACCACCCCGGCCAACAACUACUACAACAAUGGAGCCAACAACAAUUAUUACAACUCUGAAAACAAAGGGUUGAGUGACACAAGGCUUGUCGACCGCAGCUACACCACCACCACCACCGCUAACACCGCGGCCAACAACUACAACAACAAUGGAGCCAACAGCUACUACAAUACCGAGAGACAAGGAAUGAGUGACACAAGGUUUGUAGAGAAUGGGAAGUAUUAUUAUCAUGUUCCUAGAGGCAGUUAUGGGUAUGAAAACGAAAGAGAGGCAAAUUACAAUAACGAGGGCCAGAGGUAUUAUGGGAACAAUGAGAACUCAUACAUGGCAGGGUACCAGAACCAAGGGCAGUUCCAGGGGAAUGAAGAAGAGUAUGUGCCCUGAGCUUAAUGGAUCCUCUAUAGUGCUCAAGGGACUGUUAAACUUUGCCUUAUGUUUUACUAAGGAAAAAUGUUGGUAGUUAAGUAGAGUAAUAUUUAUGGGUGUUUGAGUUUUAUCUUUACAGUGGUUUUUCAUGCUUAAUUUGGAAAGCAAAAGUAUGAGAAUAUGAUAUUGUUCUUGGUGAUCAACACUUCAAUAAGUUGUAUUUACGGAGUAUAUAUAUUGAUGCUUGUGUUGCCAAUGCAUCAUCAUAAAA